CAGCUAACCUUCGUCUAUAUAUUUUGUUUGAAACCAAUUUGGAAUAACAAAAUCAACAAAUCAUCAAACAUAAAGAUGAGUACAAACUCCACCGAUUCAAUAAAGCACUUUAUUUUGGUACAUGGGGCUUGCCAUGGUGCUUGGUGUUGGUACAAGAUCAAGCCACUUCUAGAAGCUUCAGGCCACAAGGUCACAGUUCUUGACCUUGCUGCUUCUGGAACCAACUUGAAGAAGAUCGAAGAUGUUGAGACUUUUUCUCAGUACUCUGAGCCUUUGUUGGAGGUUAUGGAGUCACUUCCCCCAAAAGAAAAGGUGGUUCUUGUGGGUCACAGUCUUGGAGGGCUCAACAUUGCACUUGCUAUGGAAAAAUUCCCCACAAAGGUGCAAGUUGGUGUUUUCUUAACAGCUUUUGUGCCGGACACUCAACACAAACCAUCCUAUGUUAUUGAAAAGUGCGUUGAGGGGAUACCGGCAUCCGAUUUUUCGGACACGACAUUCUCACAAUGUGGAAACAAAACGUCAAUGUUGUUUGGGCCCAACUUCUUGUCCACCAAGGUCUACCAACACUGCUCCUCUGAGGAUUUUGAAUUGAUCAAAUGUUUGAUAAGGCCAUCAUCAUUGUUCAUAGAAGACUUAUCACAAGAAAAGAACUUCUCUAAAGAGGGAUAUGGAUCUAUUUCUCGUGCUUUUGUUGUUUGCACUGAGGACCUUACGAUUUCAUUGGAGUAUCAGCGAUUGAUGAUCCAAAACUCUGGGAUUAAUGACGUCAUGGAGAUCAAUGGCGCAGAUCAUAUGGCUAUGCUUUGCAAGCCCCAAGAACUUAGUGAUUGUCUCCAACAGAUUGCUGCUAAAUACAAAUAAUUUCAGAGAAUUUUCAAUUUGGCUGUUAAGAUUUUGUGUUGGACAAAUUUGUUCUUAGUUGUUUUUUUUUUCACAUGAUUUGCAUAGUUAAAAACUUUAAGUGAAAUAAAAAAUAGUUAAAUAUUAUACAGCAUAGAACAAUGUAUAGUUCUUCAUUAUCGUUGAAUUGAAAAUCAAAAUGGUCCUUGUCACAUGUCUGAAUAGACUAUGCGAAAAAUUUCUUAGUGCAUCCAUUUUAAGCAAAUGUUAAAUAACACAUUAAUAAAAUCAUUAAAUUGUAUUAUAUUUGUUAAUAUUUAAA